CUCGCGGAGUAGAUGAGGCGACAGGACCGUACUCGUUAUUGACGUCAUCAAGAGCGACUGACGCGGAAGCUUUCUGUGUACUUUUAUGGCACUCCGGCGCGAACAUUUAACAAAAACACAUUACUGGAGGGCAGGCGUCUUGGGUUGGCUUCUGUUCUUUCGGGGUUAGCUAUGUGCAUAGAGUCUACGGGGCGAACCGAUUGAAAGAGAGGCACAGUACGAUACAAGACCUGGUGGGGAAGAGGCCACCUGUGGUGAUUAAAUGGAGGGAAUGGAGGAGAUGUGCCAAGUAAACAUGAAUAACAUGGAGAUUAUCACUGUCAGUAUUAAAGAGGAAGACUGUGAAUGGGAGACUGCCCACCCUGAACAGGAGAGUCUCUGCAUUAAAAGUGAAGAUAAAGAACUGUCGUUAAUGAGCAUCAAAGAAGAGUCCACAGAGAAUUUGUUCAUUGAAUUGCAGGAGCGUGAAUUUACUAGGGGUAUCAAGGAAGAAGACAUCCAUUCACAGCCUGUCCUUCAGCCUGGUCAUCAAGAUGGACACUUUUCAGUUCAGCAAUAUUUGGCCAAAGUGAAGUCUGAGUCAAUAUCUGACAAAGAGAAGCCUGAGGAACUGUUAACAAGAAGAACUUUGCAAGAUGCACCAUCAUCUUCUAAUCUGUCUGCAAAAAGUUUACAAGAGAGUGGAAGCUUCUCUUUGUCUUCACUUGCUCAGACCUCUUUGCAUUGCAGACCACAACAGGAAACGCAGGAGCAAAACAUGAUGAAAUCGACAUAUGGAUCGGAGAUUUUAGUACAUGCCUCCCUCCAACAUAGAUAUCUGCCUGUUGUGAAGUUAACAAGAAUAGAUUCAAUUAAUACUCUGAAAGUUUACAACACAAAGUCUCUUGUUUGCCAUGAACCAAGGAAAAGUUUUGAUUCUGAAUCUAAAAACAAAGAUGAUAAGUGGAGUCUUGUAGUAGAGAAGCCUUAUGGUUGUUCUGAUUGUGGGAAACAAUUCUCAACCAAGGGCAGUCUUAAGACCCACACAAGAGUUCACACAGGAGAGAAGCUUUAUUGCUGUUCUGAAUGUGGUAAAUUAUUUUCCCAAAUGAGCCAUCUUCGGAUCCACAGAAGAGUUCACACUGGAGAGAAGCCUCAUUGUUGUUCUGAAUGUGGCAAACACUUCUCAAAAAUGUGUCAUCUGCAGACCCACAGAAGAAUUCACACCGGGGAGAAACCUUACUCCUGUUCUGAAUGCGGAAAGCAAUUUUCACGCAUAAGUGGUCUUCAAAGCCACAUCAGAGUUCACACUGGAGAGAAGCCUUAUUCAUGUUCUGAAUGUGGCAAGCGAUUCUCACAAACAAGUCAUCUUCAGACGCACAGACGAAUACACACUGGAGAGAAACCAUUCUGCUGUUCUCACUGUGGAAAAGGAUUCUCACAAAUAGAGGCUCUUCGAUCUCACACAAGAACUCAUACUGGAGAGAAGCCAUAUUCUUGUUCUGAAUGUGGCAAGCGAUUCUCUCUAAUGGGUAGUCUUCAAAUACACAAAAGAAUUCAUACUGGAGAGAAACCAUAUAGUUGUUCUAUAUGUGGCAAAAGAUUUUACGAUAGGAGCUCUUGUAACAAUCACACAAGAACUCAUACCGGAGAGAAGCCGUACUGCUGUUCUGAAUGUGGUAAGCGAUUCUCGCAAAUGAGCCAUCUUAAGAACCACAAUAGAAUUCACACUGGAGAGAAGCCCUAUUGCUGUUCUCAGUGUGGGAAGCAAUACUCUCAUAGGAGCUCUUACAAAAACCACACAAGAACUCACAGUGAAGAAACACCAUGUUGCUGUAAAGAAUGUUGUAAAUGAUUCUUAACAAUGAAGAACCUUCAGAGAUGCACAAGGAAUUCCCACUCCUUAAGGCAUUCCCACUCCAAUGAAGGAAGAAUGUGGGAGCUAAGGAAGGAAGCAGUCAAAAAAACAAUCCUAAUUAUUUUGCCUACUGAGGUUUUGAUGAGUGCCUUCAUUUGAUGGGUUUAAUUAUAUAUUUAAUCUUUAUUAACAUUCAUAGUAUUGGAAAAAUUAGGAAAAGUAAUUGAAAAUGGCUGCAGUCUCCAUAUAUAGGAAGGUGCCCACCACCUACCUGCCUCUGCACUAUAGUAGAUGAUUGUGGUGGUGGUGGUAUUGCAGCACCUUCAGAUGAUGAAAAAGAAGCCAUUCAGUGUAGACAGUGUUGCUGGUCUAUUCCCAGUGGGCCAUAAGAGCACCUCAAGCAAGAAAUUAAAAGACUAGACAUAGUCAAGUGGAAGAUAAAGAAGAGAUAGAGGGCUUGUACAAAACUAGAAUCCAGAAAAGUAAUCUCAACAUCAGUGUUAGAUAAGAACACUUUUGAUUAGAUACUCCUUAUAAUCCAUCACAUACAAGCUUUUUCUUAUGGUCUUAAAAGCAUAAAGUAUCAAUAAAGUGGUUAUUCAUCUCCUUC